AUGCAUGGGAGCCCUCCCUCGCGCGGUACUCCCGCUCGUCGAGGUCGCUCGCCCCGGUCAUCUACAGCCAGCCCCGGUGGUAUCGCACUGCCCGUCCAAAAUUCUGCCAAACCUCCCAAUACAUUUACGACAUGUCUCUCCAUCUCUGUCGAGGGUGCUGUUCCGAUCGAGCGUCUCGAAAUUACAUCCGCAAACGGGAAUGGCGACGCGUCGGCUCAAGCAUCGGGCUCAGAUUCGAAGAGGGCGCCACGCAAGUCGAAGACCGACGCAAUUGCGGCCCUCCAGAGUCAUGCCCAAUCUUCUGGUCAAGAAGACCUCGCAGAUAUGGUCAAUGAAGAUGGAGCAAUCCAAAUUAAUCUGCGGGAAGGUCCACCGAUUCCAGUAAAGCCUGCUCUUGAUAUGUCGACGGUGAAGACCCCCAACCGCCAGUGGGAGGCGCCGCAGAAUGUCGAGCGCCCAUUUGGUCUCACAGAUUGUCCAGUUUUUCGCCCGACCCUAGAGCAGUUCAAGGAUCCACUCGCAUAUAUCAAGUCCAUUUCUGAGAAAGCCAAAGCAUAUGGGAUGUGUAAAAUUGUGCCGCCGCUGGGGUGGGAAAUGCCCUUCGUCACCGACACUGAGAGAUUCCGUUUCAAGACACGGCUACAACGUCUGAAUUCGAUCGAGGCCUCGUCCCGAGCAAAGGUGAAUUAUUUGGAGCAGCUUUAUCGGUUCCACAAGCAGCAGGGGAAUCCACGGGUCGUUGUGCCUACAAUCAAUCACAAGCCUCUAGACUUAUGGUUGCUACGCAAGGAGGUGCAGAAACAGGGCGGUUAUGAAAUGGUCACUAGGAACAAGAAAUGGGCAGAUCUCGGUCGCCUGCUUGGCUAUAGCGGAAUCCCUGGCCUAUCUACGCAGAUGAAGAAUUCAUACACCCGUGUUAUUUUGCCGUACGAGCACUACCGCGAACGCGUCAGUAAAUCCUCCACCCUCUCUCCGAACAAACCACGGGACUCGCAGCUGAACACAAACACAAACAUUCAGACAGCCGGCAAGCUCCGCCGCUUGAGCGCCACAUCGGCGGGCGAUGAUAAUGACAGUCCCCCGCCGAGUCCCCUGACCGUGACAUCGAGCCCGUUGUCUGACCCAUCUGACGAGGGUGAGUCUAAGAAUGCAGGCAGGGGUCGUGGCGCCGUAGCGCGAAUGCGUAGGAACACUCGACACAGCCCCCACGACCAGUCUGCUUGCUUCCACAUGUUUUGCCUUGACCCGCCGUUGACAACGAUCCCGAAGGGGCAAUGGUUUUGUCACACCUGUCUCUGCGGCACGGGCGCUGAUUUCGGCUUCGACGAGGGCGAAGAGCACAGUCUGUCCAGCUUCCAAGCGCGUGACCUCGAAUUCCGGCGGCAGUGGUUCAAGAGGCACCCACCGGCGGGGCGCCAGGGUAAUGACGAUGGCGAUGUCAAGAUGGCAGCGCCUCUCGAUCCCGAUGACCCCAGAAUCAAUGUCUUUGACGAUGUCGUCGUGACGGAGACCGACGUGGAGAACGAAUUUUGGCGGCUUGUGCAGUCGCAACACGAGACGGUCGAGGUCGAAUAUGGCGCUGAUGUGCACUCGACAACACAUGGCAGCGGUAUGCCGACGCUGGAGACCCAUCCCCUCGAGUCGUCCUCCAAGGACCCAUGGAAUUUGAACAAUAUUCCGAUCUUGCCGGAUUCGCUCUUGCGAUACAUUAAGUCGGAUAUUUCUGGGAUGACUGUACCGUGGACAUACGUCGGCAUGGUCUUCUCGACUUUCUGCUGGCACAACGAGGAUCACUACACGUACAGUAUCAACUAUAUGCACUGGGGCGAGACGAAGACGUGGUACAGCAUCCCGGGCGCCGACGCCGACAAAUUUGAGGCAGCUAUACGGCGAGAGGCCCCGGAUCUAUUUGAAGUGCAGCCAGACCUCCUAUUUCAGCUAGUAACAUUGAUGAACCCCAACCGAAUCCGGGAUGCGGGCGUGGACGUCUAUGCAUGCAACCAGCGGGCGGGGGAAUUCGUCAUCACAUUCCCGAAGGCAUACCAUGCAGGGUUCAAUCAUGGGCUCAACUUCAAUGAAGCCGUGAAUUUUGCGCUUCCAGACUGGUUGCCUUUCGAUCUCGAUUGUGUGAGACGUUACCAGGAGCACCGGAAGCUGCCUGUGUUCUCGCACGAUGAACUACUCAUCACCAUCACGCAACAGAACCAGUCUAUUCAGACCGCAUUGUGGUUGAAUGAUAACCUCCAGGAAAUGAUGGUACGCGAACGACGAAUUCGGGAUAAGGCCCGAUCUCUCGGGCUAAAGGAUAGGCCAGAGAAGACGGAUCGACCCGAGGACCAAUACCAAUGCUCCUUCUGCAAGGUAUUCUGCUACUUAUCGCAGAUCACGUGUGAUUGCACCACGAAGGUCGUGUGCGUCGAUCACAUCGACGAGCUGUGCAAGUGCCCAAUGACUAAUCGCUACUUGCGGCUGCGGUUUGACGACACGGAGAUCCAGGACAUCCAGAUGAAGGUGUCGGACCGCGCAGCCAUCCCUUCCACCUGGCGUGCAAAGUUGGAUAGGUUGUUGAUGGAAAGCGCUCGCCCGUCGCUUCGUAGUCUGCGUGCGCUGAUGGCGGAAGGCGAGCGGAUAAAUUACCCGCUGUCGGAGCUGCAUGCAUUGCGCAAAUGCGUGGUGCGCGCGAACGAAUGGGUCGACACUGCGAACUCGUUCCUCAUACGCAAGGUCAGCCGGAAGCGCGCUCGCAAGUCACGCGGACGUACUUCAGGUCCAUCAGGAGAGAUUACUGGCGAGGAAGUCACCGACAAGCCUGAGCGGACGCUCGACGAGCUGUACACCGCGCUUAGCGAAGUAGAAGAUCUCGGUUUCGAUUGUCAGGAAAUCAAUGCGCUGAAGGCCCUCGCCAACGAGGCCCAGAAGACGCGCGAAAAAGCGCGUGCAUUGCUUCGUCCUAGUAGUGCUGCUCGUGACCGAGAGGCAUUCGUACAGGAGUGCGAGCGGCUGCUCAUCGAGGGCUCGACGCUUAAUGUUCUGGUGGAUGAACUCGUAGAGAUCGAGAAGAUCGUUUCUCGAGAACAGCUUCUCAAGGAGCUAGAGGAAGAGCUGGAGGAUGGUCAACUCUCACUGGAGGACAUCAGGCAGUUCGCCGCGCGCGCAAGCCAGUGCGAGCUCUCCACAGACAAUCCGCAAAUGGUGGUUUUGAGCCGAAUGCUCCACGCAGGGGAGGAGUGGGAGGCCCGCGUGAAGGACGUCCUCGGCCGCCCGCUGAAGACUGUCGAAGAGCUGGACGAAACCGCGCAAGGCCGCAGCUCUGUCCCCGUCGAUGUCGAGCUCGUCGACCGCCUCGUUGCGACUCUUGUUCGGGCGAAAGACUACGAAAAGCAGGCAAAGGCUUGGUUGAUGCCGGAGCCCAACGCCGUCAAGCCCAAGGUUCAAGAGGCUGCAAAGCUUGUCACUCGUGCGGAGAAGGACUUCAAUAUCCCUGCCGUCCAGGACUUGAAGCGGACCGUCGACUUCGCUCUGGACCUCGAGGCACGAUGUGACGCAGUGCUCAAGAACCGAUAUGAACACACAGACGAAGGCGACAUCUUCCAAACAAUGCUUCAGUGGCGCAAGUAUGCAAAGGAGCAUCUCACAAUGUUCACUUUGUUGAAUUUUGACAAGCUCGACAAGCAGUUGGUACAGCACGCCAGGUGGCUGGAGGGUCUACCGUGGUACUGCAGACAGCAUCAGGAGGCCCAUGGGCAGGCAAUUCUCGAGGAUGUCAUCGAGUCCACUCGACCUGAAGACGAUUUGCCCCCCAACGAUGAGUACUUCACCUGUAUCUGUACCACCCCCGUCCGUCCACCUGCCGCAGGGACUGUGUCAGAUGCAGUUCAGUGCGACCAUUGUUUCGCCAGGUUCCACGGAGUUUGCGCUGCCAACGGAGGCUCGUGUCCGUUCUGUGAUCAUCAUCACUGGAACGGUACAAUUCACAAGGAGCGUUCCUGGCACUGGUGUUACCUUCCGACAAUUCUCAUGCACGCGCCGGAUGUCACUAAGAACUACUCAGAGGACUGGAAGCAGCUCGAAAUCAUUGUCCAUCGCGUCGAUCGGCUGUCGCAGGUUAUCGGCCAAUUCCUGUCCUUCGCUUCACAGCCUGUGAAUCAACGUGCCGACUACAUACCACAAGUACGUCAUUACAUGCGUAAGCUUUACCGCAUCCAGUUCGCAGUGUCUCCGAAUCCGGAAGUUUCGUUUGGGCUCGAUCUUGCUGGUUUACACCGCAUACUAGCCGGCCAACCCGCUCCCGUUCGCGUCAAGAAGCGAAGACGGCCCAAGUUUACGUUCGGACAAGAUGUCGACAAAGAUUGGACCGACGGGACUCGUUGCAUCUGCAGAGGUCGUACGCCAUAUCUUGCGGGAUACCAUCCCGUCGAGUGCGAGUUGUGCAGCAAGUUGUACCACGCUGGGUGUGUGUUCUAUCCGCUGGACCCUAUGAAUGCGACCCGGCCGCGCUUCAUGUGCCCUCUGUGUUGCAUCCGCAAGAACAGGGCUUAUCCUUAUUCGGAAGUCCGAGUGCGACAUAUCGACAACCCUGCCCAGGAAAUGUAUGUUGAUACUCGGGAGAUGUUAGAAACCUUCAGCAAAGACAUGAUCUAUAUGAGGUUACCGCCACCUUACACACAGACAUUGUUCAUUGAACUCAUCCGUUUCGUUCCUGGAGUGCCAGAGAAUGUGGGGCCUAGGAAAUUGUCACCAAGUACUCCUCCGGUCGUAAUUGAGAAUGGGCGUGGACCAGCUUCCACAGGUGCCAGUAACCCUCCGCCACCUCCCUGGACGAAUCAAUUAUGGAGCAAUGCAGGUGCAACAGCCCCGCCUCCGUUGGCAAGACCCCCAGAUCAUCUGCGGUCUCCCCAUCCAAGUUCGCAUAUCACUCCGCAAGCAACGCCGCAGCCUUCUCGCAAGCGAAAGUACCCCGAUGAAAUGCCUCCACCUGAUGAGCGUGUGCCUCCAGUGCCAUAUUCGCCUGCACCUCGUUCGCCCAAACGUCGCCAGGCAUCCCACACGCCUCAGCCCGCACCUCGCACAAGUCAAGGUCUCUCUCCUUCUCUUGCCAUGAUGUUGUCUCCCAAUCCCGUCGAUACCCAUGGCCCCAACUAUGUCCUCAGGCUCUUCAGGUCGGAUCUCAGACGAGAGUCCUCUUCCCUCGGGCUCUAGCCGCAAGCUCGUGUACACGGAAGUGCAUGCUGAUCGCAACGGCUGGGGACAAGAGCCUUCGCCCAUGUACGACCCGCACCGUUCCCCGUCCAAUCACUCCAAUCACUCCAGGCGCUAGUAUGUAUCAUUCCUUCGGUUAUAGUCACUCAUGUCGUAUAUGCUGUAUUGUCCCGUCCUCUCGUUUGCUAUGUCGUGUACUAUUAUGCGUUAUGGUAUCCCCAAGUGUGCUCGUUGGUUA